AUGAGCGAAGCCCGCCGUUCCCAGAGGCUGUCGACGGACUUCAGCAUUGCCCGGAUCCUCGCCGCCGACGAACCCUGCUCCACCUCCUCGACGUCGUCCUCUUCCGGGGGUAGCCGCGUCCCGCAGUUGCCGAGUAGUUGCCCCUGCUGUCCAACCCCGCUUUCCGCACCCUUCGUCGUCGCCGUUCCCGAGCAGAGGGAAACCGGUGCGGAAUGCCCGUCGCCGCCUCGACCAUCAGAUUCCGGAACGAACGCCGGCGCCGUUGCUCAGGAUAAUUCGGAGAGGAACGACCUGCCCUGGCUCCACUGCACCAGAUACCGACCACCCAGGCUACCGAAGAGGUCGACGGCCGGGAAAACGUCCAAGAGACGACCCGGGAAACAUCCAAGGAUACCUUUCACCGCCUUCCAACUAAAAAUUCUCGAAGACAAGUACAGCAAGGGCGCGUACCUCGCCAGAAGAGACGUUCUACAACUUUCCACGGUACUCAGGCUUCCUCAGAGUAGAGUAAAAAUUUGGUUUCAAAAUCGACGUGCACGAGAACGACGAGAAUCAUUGCAAUCGAGGAACGACGUUCCGAAGUCCGCUAAGAGUCCGAGUAACGUUCAAAUCUAAAGAAUCAAAUUUUUUAAAAAUAAGGAAAGCAAAACCGAACGCAAAUUUUGAGGUAACACUAACUCGAUCGGAAAAAAAAAGAAAAUAAUACGCUGAACCCGUAAACUUUAUUGUAGUAUCAUUAAUAUUUAUUAUUAGCUUGAAGAUAGCUUAUAUCAUUCAAUUACUGUAUCUUUAGGAAAUAGCGGAUUGGAGUGGAUAUGAGAGAAAAAAUAAAUAAACUCGACGCAAUUAUGUUACAUUGGUAAUAUUAAUCUUAAUACUUAUUAAAUAUUUGUAUAGUUACAAUUCAAUUAAUAUUGUUUAUAAUAAAAUGAUGCUUCAAUACUAAUUGAAUUACGAAGAGAUAGCGAAUAAAACGUAGCAUGAACCAACAACAUGAUUGUUCAUUGGUUCUCAAUUUCGGAUAAGCAAAGCUUGUGCCUUCUGCCCCUUGAAUUCAAUUUUUAUUUAUAGAUACAUAUUCAGCAAAUUAUUUUCGUCUUUUCUGUGCUUAAUGGAUCUCAUUGAAAUUUGAAGGAGAACGAGCCGAGUAACGGGUUUUGAUACGAAAAGUACUUAUACAGAAAUAAUGGAGGACGAAAAACCCGCCAGUAACGUAAAUUAAAUACUGUUCCCGUUGCGUUCAACUGUAAAUAUGACCUUGCGUUUGCGACGUUGCAGCUAUUUGACUAUAACAAUUCGUUCCUACCGCAGUUUUUCAAUAUCAACUAUUCUAUAUAUAAUAGUGAAUUACACAUUCACUAUUCAAAGAUAGACGAUUUGUAAUACAUCCACAGUCUGCGAUACUUGUCAUUGAAUUGAGUGCACGUAUGAUUUGAACAAUUUAUUAUUAAUUUAACUGGAAAUUUCAAUAACUCGCUUAUUACAUAGUUUUAAUAAAUAGGCAGAUAUCUUUACUACGCUGUUUUGUUAACCAAGCCUAACGUCGAAUGCAUAUUUUUCCCGAUUAUUAUAUCACCGUCUAUUGUGCGUGUCAGCUGGCAAUUAUAAACAGUACACUUGAAAUCUGCGUUAAAAUUACUUGAA